GGGAGGAGAGCGACGUGUGGAGGAGCGGCGGCCGCUCAUCGCUCACCGCUCAGCUCGGCUGUGCAGGACGCUCCCACCUCCGCCUGCAGAACCGGGCCUGCUCUGACGUUCUGCUGCAGAAAAGCCGUCCAAAAACAUCGCCGCUCCUGCCUUCUGUGCACCUUCCCUUUCCUGCCCGGGGUUCCAAAUAGGUCCUGCAGCUCCGCCAGAGAGGGGGGGCGAAUUCCUCACAGCUGUCCCUGAAGCUGCCGUGUUUUCUGCAUCCUGCUUUCUCUCAGGAGAGCCUCCCUUCUUUCUGUUGUUUGUUUCUCCUGCCGGCCGCUGAACAAACCACACGUAACCACACCGUGCUGCUCAGCCGGCAGCCAAUUAACCCCAUCUGUACAUCUGUACAGUUUUCACAUCCCAUUCCAAGGAUGCACCCCUACCCCUCCCCACCAACCCCAGCCUCCCUCUGCUCCAUAACGCAGCACUUGGAUUCAGUUUAUCCCUUUACCGACACAGCCGUGCAGGUGUAACAGCCACAGAGGCUCCUUCAGAGGCUUUGUGGCAUCCCUGGCUUAGGUGCCUUAACCACAGCUCGCUAAAAGGACAGGAAAUGCACAGAAAGCACCCAGUGCUGCCUGCUGCCGAAGGCUGUCCUUAUGGUGUCACUACGUGAUGAAUGGCACAUUUCCUCUGAACUUGAAGAUUUUAAGGGUUUUGGGUGUCUCGCGACUCUAACUUUCCAUCUUUUUUUACCAGCAGGCCUUUCUUCCUGGACCUCUGAAAAGCAAAUCUACAAACAGAAAACCUGUUUUGCCUUUACUUUAACAGUCCCCGAGUCAUCAACCAUCACUGCCAGAAAGCAUAUCAAAGAAACUGAGUGAAUAAUCCAAGUUACAGACCACAGCAGUUGUGCCUGCUCACGUGAUGUUACGUUCUGCUGCAGUACGUGUACUUACAGCAAUAGAGAUACGGUCAGAUGUGAGCUCCUUUCUUCUGCCUUGCAGACUCCUGAACACAGACCGCAUUCAUUCUGUUCUCUCGGGGUAACUGAGUCCGUUCCCAUGGACUCUUUUCCUUUGUCCGAGAAAUACCCAUUCUUUCCAGCAAUGCCAACAGGAAAGGAUAAAAUACGAAUUCUAACAUCAGGUGACAGUAAGCCAUGAUAAAUAACAAUCCAACCCGUAUUCCAAUGGGGAAUUGGUGCUGCUGCUCUCAUCGUGUAAUUGGACUUAUUCCUCGGUGAAGGGCUUGGAACAAGCGGGGCAUUAUCUCAAGUAUGGCCAAAUUGCUUUUGCCUUCAUCAUCACACUGUGAUCUGCACAUAUAAUUCUCAGCUUUGGGUGACUGCUGUGAUUAAGAUGGGCAUCCCUGAGCGGUGCUGUCACAGGUACUCACAUGGACACAAUGAACUGCAAAUCUGCAGCAAAAGAAACUCUGCUGGAAAGGCUGUCUGGUAGGCAGCAGCUGCAGCAGCUCUCUGGUAAACAUUGCUCUCUGCAUGGAUAUGCACAUGCUUGAGCAUCUCAGAUAACCCGCAGAUCUGACUUCAGAUUGUCUGGAUGUAAAGUCAACACGAUCUUUAUCUUCAGAGAGCUGUUCACAGCAAACAGAGGCAGUGAUGGAAAGGAACGCAUUCCUGCAAGGCUGUCUUCUAAGCAAAAAUCAGCCCAUUAUUCUAAAUCUGCCUCAAACCUUCUACUUCGACAUCUCCUAAAUCCUGUCCAUCAGAACUCCCUGGGGAAAAGCUCUGAGUGCUGCACCCCCUCAGUGCUGCUUUGGCCAAACCCGACACAGGUUUGGUUACAGUCCAGGGCCCUCCCACCUCUUCCUCUGAGUUUUAAACUGAAUGUAGCAGCAGUCAGAAACACAUCUGAGCAUCCUGCUUUCGCAGUAUGUUGUUGUCACAUUCUUCACCUUUAAAGAAUUCCGGCAUAUGUUUCUCUAAGUGUUUUCCCCUAUUUAUUCUACAGAGCUCCCAGAAUAAACCUGUAGUAUUGACUCUGACAGUUUGCAGUUGGUUUGGGCAUUUCACGUCGGUGAUUCCCCCCGCUUUGCGAGAGCGAUCUCAGCUCAGAGCAGCUGUCUUUUUAUUGCAGAAAGGAUUGGUUUCAGAUGUUGCAGAGCACCGAAAUCCUUUGGGUUCAUUUAACAACAGCAACAAAAUAAGACCUGACUUUAUAAACUGAAGAAAGAAACAACGAAAGCCCGCGGUGUGUCCCACGGCCCCGCUGCACAGACGGCUGCGUCCCGCCACGUCUCGCCGCGCAUCCUCCCAUGGCUCAGAUGGCUCUUUGGCACAUUGGGGCCACCGUCCAAGGCUGAACUCAGAGGCCUGCCUGUGUUCGUAAGACAAGGCUGCAAUUCUGGGGCUGCAAUGAGCACUUCUUCCUUCUCCGUGUGGGUUUCCCGCACCUCCCCACCACCCCCGCCUGCUCUGCAGCCCCGUGCGUCCGCCGUGCUCAAACACUGCGACCCUCCGGCGGUCCUCAGGCUCUGCACGAAACCUGCACGCAUUUUGUGAAAGGGUGCGGAUGAAUCCUUCCUGAACACCUUUCUCUCAUUUUUAAUAACGGGAAAUAUAUUUCCUGUAUAAAUAUUUCCCAACCGGGUCAUCCUGCGCAGUGCUCUGUAGUACCCACAGGUCGCAGAACUCUCCCGCAGCAGCCCGGUACCGCUCGGCUCCCAUUCCUGGGGGCUCUCCGGGGCCGCCCACAGCCGGCGGCGCUCCCAGCUCGCUGCGCGCAGUUUGCAGCGUUGCUAUGGGGAUUCGGCGGCGGUGCGCGCAGCGGCGGCACGAAGCGCUCCGCUCGCAGCAGCUGAGAACACAAUGCCCGUUGUAAAAUACCCCAGGGCUGCAGAGCCUCUCUGGCAUGAAUGGGACAGGAAAGCACAGAAACAUGGACUAAGACAUACAGUCUAUGCUGUAAAUGGGGAUCGGUAUACAGGAGAAUGGUUGGACAACUUGAAACAUGGUAAAGGCAUCCAGAUCUGGAAGCACAACGGCGCUAUUUACAGCGGUGACUGGAAGUUUGGGAAGCGGGACGGGUACGGCUCAUACAGCAUCCCUGACCCCGUGACCAAGGAGUACCUGAAGGUGUAUACAGGCUGGUGGAGAAACAACAAAGAAUGCGGCUACGGGACGAUGUUCUACCCCAGCGGGGAGCGCUACGAGGGCGAGUGGAGCAGCGGGCAGAGAAGUGGCUGGGGUCGGAUGUGCUACGGAGACGGGUCCACCUAUGAGGGGCAGUGGCUGGCAGACCGGCCGGGCGGGCAGGGGAUGCUGUGCCUGCCAAAUAAUAAUAGGUAUGAAGGAAGUUGGAAAGAUGGAAAGAAACAUGGCCCAGGCAGAUUCUUCUUCUUGGAUAAGGGACAAUUGCUUGAAGGCAUCUGGGUGACAGAUGUACCAAAAUGCGGGAUUAUAAUUGACUUCAGCAGAGAUACAGCUCCUGCCCCUACUCAGUAUCCAAUCCCAAAGAUUGAACUAGCUGAUCCCGAUGGUGUUUUAGCAGAGGCCCAAGUGAUGUUUGAUGACAGCCAAAAUGAAUAACUGGAUGCUGAAGGAAAAAAGAUGCAAGAUAAGAAUGCGAUCUCGGGUUACUUACCUCGUUUGAGUCUCAUGUCCGUGCUGCCGUACGUCAUCUUGUGGUCAGCCUCACCUGUCCAACAGAACUGCCCCUGUAUGCUUCACUGUGCAGGCAAGCUUUGCUUCAGGCCUCCUCCACCGUUACUUAAAACACAACAAGCAGCAAGCAAAUAAAAACCAUUCACACCAGCAAAA